AUGGGCUCCCCAACAGAGGUCACCUACAACGACAACGAGAAGCACCUCGGCCAGACCGCCGAUGUCGACGAGAAGGACGCUACCAACGUUAAUGUCCUCCCCGCCGGCUCUUCUGAAUCUUCCGUUGUCGAGGGUGCUGAGCUUGGUCACGUCCCUCGGUCAAGGAAGUUCAACAUCAAGCGCUUCUUCCGGUCACUUGUUACCAAGGAGGCUUGGUUCGGCGACUACGAUUAUGGAUCGCUCUUCAUCCCGAACAUUCCCUUCCUCUGCAAGGCUAGCCCGCUUCCCUUCUACGGAAUCGACGACAACCUUCCCUACCUUCUUCUGAUUAUCCUCGGUCUGCAGCACGCUUUCGCUAUGCUCGGUGGAGUCGUUGUCCCUCCUCUGCUUCUCAGUGGUGCCGCUGGUGCCAACAUGGGUGACGAUGUUACUCAGUACCUCGUCUCUGCUGGUCUCAUCUACUCUGGUUUCGGAACUGUCUUCCAGAUUUCGCGUCGUCGUAUCUUUAAGACCCGCUACUGGAUCGGCACUGGUCUCAUUUCGGUUACCGGCACUGCGUUCACCUUCUGCAACGUUUCGCUCAAGUACCUUAACCAGUGCUACGACAACGGAGCAUGCAAGAAGGCGCCUGACGGAUCCAAGCUUCCCUGCCCCGACGAAUUUGGUGCUCUUCUUGGUACUGGCGCGCUCACUGGUAUCUACGCCAUCGCCCUUGCCUUUGUCCCGCCUCGCAUCCUGAAGAAGUGCUUCACUCCCAUCGUCAUCGGUACCAUGAUUACCUUCAUCGGCGCUUCGCUUGUCACCUCUGGUGUUAACAACUGGGCAAUUCGAUUUGCGAGGAUCGAGAUCUUCGAGACAAAGGCUCCUCUGCUCCGAGGAACAAACCCUUCUCUAUUCGAAUCAACGCUGACGUACAGUGGCGGCGCUGGCCUCUGCUCGACCAACCACGACCUGCUCUGCGAGUCUGGAUCGCAGCCCCACAAGUGGGGAUCCGCCUACUACCUCGGUCUCGGCUUCUCGUGCAUGGCUGCCAUUGUCAUUUGCGAGGUGUUCGGUUCCGCUUUCAUGAAGUCGUCUUCGGUCUUCAUCGGCUUCCUCGUCGGUAUGAUCAUCGCUGCUGCCUGCGGUUACUUCAACACAGAGGUCAUCAAGAAGGCUCCUGGUGCUACUUUCCUGUUCGUGCACACGUUCAAGCUUAGCAUUCGAGGCCAGCUCGUGCUGCCGAUGAUGGCCGCUUGGAGUGUCAUUGUCGCCGAGUCGGUCGGUACCAUCACGGCUUCCGGCCAGUGCUCCGACCUCGACAUUGCCUCCCCCGAGUUCAUGACCCGUGUUCAGGGUGGUAUGCUCGCCGACGCCAUCUCGGGCACUCUUGCCAACCUCUUCACCUCGCCUCCUCUUACGACCUUCCCUCAGAACGCGGCCGUCAUUGCGCUCACCCGCAACGCCUCGCGCCAGUCCGGCUACUGCUGUGCCUUCAUUCUGUUCAUGAUGGGUGUCAUCAGUAAGAUUGGUGCCAUUUUCGUCGCUGCGCCCCCCGCCGUUAUCGGUGGUUUCACGACUUUCCUCUUCGGCUCGGUGUCCGUCUCUGGUGUCCGUAUCAUGGCCUUCGCCGAGUGGAGUCGCCGUGAGCGCUUCAUCGCGACCGCUGCCUUCGCCCUUGGACUCGCUUCGCUCGUCAACAAGACCUGGUUCUCGUACAUCUUCACGUACAACGGCCCCAACACUGGUCUUAAGGGUUUCCUCCAGGCCAUUACUUUGGUCGUCCAGGAGCCGUACCUGAUCGCUGCCGUCGUUGCGGUGUUCCUCAACCUCGUCCUUCCCCACGAGCCGGUCGACCCCAACGCCCUCCCCGAGGCCCACUAA